AGCUGAUCUGCAAAUCUGAUGGCUUUCUCCAAACAGGCCAGUCCCUGUUUGGUGCGGAAAUCCACCAGCGCCAGUCGCUCCAGUUGGUCCACCAGGUCGGCAGGGAUAUGCAUAGGCUGUCAAUUAAAAAUUUUGGAGGCAAGAAAAAAGAUCAAGAGUGGAGCCCCGGUCGGUGAGAUCGACCCGUCUGCGACUGCACGAUAUGCAACCUUUGGGUUUUUUAUCACAUGUCCAGUGAGCCAUAUCUUCUACCAGCUGAUGGAGGUGUGGAUGCCCACGACAGACCCACUCUUCAUAGUCAAACGUCUGCUACUGGAUCGGCUUAUUUUUGCCCCUGGCUUUCUGCUGAUGUUCUACUUUGUUAUGAACAUCCUGGAGGCAAAAGGAUGGAGAGACUUUGAAAGCAAGAUGAGAGGAAGUUACUGGACUGCCUUGAAAAUGAACUGUAAAGUGUGGACUCCCUUUCAGUUCGUCAAUAUCAACUUUGUGCCUGUUGAGUUCCGAGUGCUGUUUGCCAACAUGGUCGCCUUAUUUUGGUACGCCUACCUUGCAUCUGUGAGGAAAUAAAGCUUCCCGAGCUAACCUCACUGAACCGGAAGCUGUGGCUUUAACAUUGGGCUGUUUCCUCUACUACCUUUUGACCUGUUUCUAAGAUGGACACUAAUUCUCACAUACAGUUAUUUGGAUACACCUAAGAAACCUGUACAAUGAGUUUAAGCCUUUAUAACAUACUGCUUUGGUAUGUUAGUACAUUUGUAAUGACAACAUAAUACAUGUAAGUGUUUUUUUUACAGAGCACUGCUUACAGAAAUGUGAUACUGUAGUGAACAUUGAUUAUGAUUUUGAUCAUAAUGUCAAUUUUAAUCCAAUGCUAAAGUGUGCCUUUCUGGUUACUUCGUAUGGUUGUGGUCUGUACAGAGUGCAGCUCAACCCUGAGCUGAAGAUUCAGCAAAGAACAGGAAAUGAGAACAGACAUGCAAGAUUAAAAUCUUUAUUAUUUUUUAACAGUGUACAUUUGAUGUAGUCAGAUUUUGAAGUGUCAUUCAUUCAAACCUUUAUUUAACCAGGUGGUCCCAUUGAGAUCAUCGAUCUCUUUUUCAAGGGAGACCUGCCCAACAUGGCAGCAAGUAUGUUACAACAUGAAACAUAAAACAACAGAAAACAAUAAAGGACAUCAUAUUUACAGGACUACAUUUACAUACCUAGCGACAUUGACAAGUACCAGCAGUAUCAAGUAUCAUUGCACUUAUCCGAGCUUUAAAAACAUGCAGUGGAACCAAUUUGCUCAUAAUUAAAACUAUAACAUGAAGAUGUGUUUAUAACAUAUUUGUAAAGCCAAAACAAAGAAAGUUUUCUUUUUGGAAUGAUUUCUAAUCGAGGAAUGUAUUAAUGAGUGCAAUUUAAAUUUAAAUAAAUAAAAUACAAGCUAAAUGAUCUUCAUUUUAAGAUGAAAUAAAGGAAU